AUGUUUGCUUAUAUUCAUAGAUUUUGUAGCGCAGUUGUUGCAGGCUCUGCAAUACCCUCACUCAGUGUAUAUUUCAUCACUCAUAAUCACUUUUUAUUGGUGAUGGAGGUUUUUAAGGAUCGUCGGAUGUUAUGCAAGACGUUCAAAUUGAUGGAUGAUGUCGUAAAGGCAUGUCAGAACCAUCGCUUGAAUCUCAAGAAUUCCCCUCCGUUUAUACUCGACAUUUUGCCCGACACAUACACUCAGCUGGUUUUUAUAUUCACUCAAAAUCACGUUAUUUUACGAGACAACUAUUAUAUUCAAGUGUUUUUGGAGAACAUGCAGCAGAAGUGCAAACAGGUGCUGAAAUUAUUUAAAACGAAUUCUAUUUUCGAGGAACAAUCACAGGAACGAAGAACACUGACGAAACUUUCGCUCAUAUUCUCUCAUAUGCUUUUCGAACUGAAAGCUGAAUUUCCUGAUGGGACAUUCAUAGGUGAUCGGUUUCGGAUAACGAAACGGGAAGCAGAAGAAUUUUGGACAUGUGUUCCAUGGAAUGAGUUCGUGGUAGCUAUUGAAAAAACGCAACCGAACUCUAAACUCAGGCUCUCAGCCCUCAAGAAUACCGUUGAUCUAACUGGAAACGAUCAUGUGUCAAACUUUGAAUUUGAUGUUUUCACCAGAUUGUUUUAUCCAUGGAAAACUCUUCUUCGCAACUGGCAACUAUUAACCGCUGCUCAUCCCGGUUAUGUCGCUUUCCUUACUUAUGAUGAGGUUAAAAAGAAAUUGGAAAAACUAGUGGAUAAGCCUGGAAGUUAUGUCUUUCGACUAUCGUGCACCCGUCCUGGGCAGUGGGCGAUAGGAUAUGUUGCUCCAGACGGAAAAAUAUUCCAAACUAUUCCACAAAAUAAAUCUCUUAUUCAAGCCCUUCAUGAGGGUGGAAAAGAAGGAUUCUACUUAUAUCCUAAUGGUAAUCCAAAGGAUAUCGACUUAAGCACAAUUAUAGAAGCUCCUCCAGCGGAUCGAGUAAAGGUAACAAGUGAGCAAUAUGAUUUGUACUGUGAAAUGGGCACAACUUUCGAAUUAUGCAAGAUAUGUGAUGACAACGAUAAAAAUGUGAAGAUAGAACCAUGUGGCCAUCUUUUAUGUACACCGUGUCUGACGAGUUGGCAGGAAUCUGAAGGAGGUAACACGUGUCCAUUCUGUCGUUACGAAAUAAAAGGCACCAAUAAAGUCAUAAUUGAUCGCUACAAACCUAGUCCGAGGGAUAAACAAAAGGACGUCGUGAAACCUCGAAAGCAAUCUAAUGUUGGUUUUGGUUUACCAAUUAAAAUCUAUUUGCUUCAACAAGUAGUUCUUCAGACAGCAUCGGGUACACUGAUGGGAUUGCCCAUAGGGCCUCCACCACCACUUCCUCCGAGACCAUUCGGCAUUCUUGCUCAAGCAAACUACUUGGUGAAUUUUUACCAAAAUCUCUGUGGUUAA